AUAUGCAGCUGUACACACAUUGACUUUUGUCCUUUGACAGACCCGUACUUCGCUCAUGCGCCCUGCAUGAUUAGCGACUUGCGCUAGACUUGCGUUGCAUACUUACAGUUGGCCUAUAUGUAACUGUUACAAGAAGUCGUCUUAAAAUCAGGUUAGUUAGGUGUAUAUUAAUCACAAAUGUCUCUCCGAAGGUGUCUGGGAUUUUUCGGAGCCGAAAGCCGACGGUUAUGUCACAGUUACGUCCUUCACAGUGCCUCUGCCCAGAGCAGGCGAGUCUUCUCCAGUUUGACUCUUAACACGCACCCAUUUUGCACUAAGUUGUGGCUGGGUAGCCGCAGCUUCGCCUCGGUGACAGCGAGCACAGAUGUGACUUACGAACAGCUGAGGCAGCUCCUGGCCGGUGGUAAGGCUGUUGUUAUAGACGUCAGAGAGCCAUGGGAGCUCCGGGAGUACGGCUUCAUCCCUGGUUCCAUUAACGUCCCCUUGGGCCAGGUGAACGCAGCUCUGCAGCUUGAUCCUGGAGAGUUCACGGAGAAGUAUGGUGCUGAGAUGCCUGGACAGGCAGACAACAUAGUGUUCACUUGUCUGGCAGGCAUCCGGAGCAAGACUGCAUUAGAUGCAGCCACCUCUCUGGGAUACAAAGAUGUUCAGCACUAUCCAGGUGGAUGGAAAGACUGGGCAAAAAAUGAACAUCAAAACUGAAGGCUCAUCUAAAACCAAAGCAUUUUUUUUCUUUUCUUUCUUAGAAAUGACGGCUGUCGGUCGUAAUCUGAGAUCUGUAAUGAUUUUUUUUGUAUGCCUGACUUUAUCACUCAUUGAUUCUCAAACACCUAUCAGAUUUAAGGGCUCACCACACACACCAACUAUUUUACCUCAUGAGCACAAUGACUGAUAAUAUUGCAAUAAUACUUGACGUAAUUGUUAAUUUUUGUUCAGCAUAUAUCAUUGGAGUAGAAAAAACAGAAGGAAUAAAGGCAAAAUUACUAAUCGCAACACUACAUGUAAUAGAACGGACGGAUAUGUGAUAUGAGAAGAUGCCAAUGUUUUAUUUUUUUCUUGACUUAAAGGAAAACUGCACUUUUUGGGGGAAUUUUGCCCAAUCUAAUACUGAAUCACGUGAUUAAUUCAGAAAUGCAGUGUAAAUAUUUAAUAUUGUGUUGAAAUGUCAGUCUGUCCCAAUUUUGCCAGUCUCACUCUGAAUAAAUUUAGAAUUACGAA